AUGAAGUUCAUCGUGUUCGCCGCUGUCUCGGUGGCAAUUGUACUGGCCUCACAUCACAGCACUGAUCCUGACAAGGAUUCUGCUCAUCAAAAGGGAGGCGAACAUGAUACCAAAUACGACCACGAUCAAUUCCUUGGAAAGGAUGCAGCCGCUGAAUUCGAUGAACUUACACCAGAAAAAUCGAAAGAGAGACUUGCCAAACUUGUCCCGAAGAUGGACUCUGACGGAGAUGGUUUUGUUGAAGAAAAAGAACUAAGAGAGCAUAUCAAUUUUAUGCAGAAAAGAUAUGUGAACAACGAUGUAGAACGAACGUGGAAAAACUACAAAGAUGACAAGAUCGUUGAUGGUAAGAUCAAGUGGGAGGAUUACAGAGAGAUGGUUUAUGGAUCACCUACUGGUGAAGGACAAGAACUUUCACCUGAAUACACUAAGAUGAUUGCACGUGAUCAGAAGCGAUGGGCUGUUGCCGAUUAUGAUUCAAAUGGUGCUCUGGAUCGUACCGAAUACGGUUGCUUUAUGCAUCCAGAGGAUUGCGAACACAUGCGUGAUGUUGUCGUUGCGGAAGAUCUAUCAAUAAAAUUCAUAGAUCCACGAUUGGAAACCGUUGAGGAUAUUGACAAGAACAAAGACGGUUAUGUGGACCUUGAGGAAUACAUCGGUGAUAUGUAUCGCCCAGAGGACUAUCCUGAAUUGAACGGAAAGGAACCUGACUGGGUACAAUCCGAACGCGAAAUGUUCAAGGAGCACCGUGAUAAGGAUGGAGACGGCAAGUUGAAUCAGGAUGAGAUGAGGGAUUGGAUCAUGCCAGUUGGAUUCGAUCAUGCCGAAGCCGAGGCACGCCAUUUGGUCGGAAUUGCCGAUGAUAAUAAGGAUGGUAAACUAUCUAUGGAGGAGAUUAUUGCUCAUUAUGAUACGUUUGUUGGAUCGCAAGCGACCGACUACGGAGAGCAACUACAGAAACACGAUCCGGCUGAACUGUGA